UCAUAUGCUCCAGUCCCGUUAGUUACACUCCAUUUGCCUUCGCGUUAUUAUUGCCAAAAAACCUUGGGGUUGAUGCGUUUAAACGCACACUGUAGAUUUAAAUAUAGACAAUUAUUCACUCGCAUAUUUAACCUGGGCUGCAGCACACCUGAUGUCGACAUAGGCACGCACUCGUAAGGAUAAUCAUCUUAGAACUAGCGCCAUGGAGACGGUCGUUCACCUGAUGAAUGACUCUGUAGGGUUUUACAAAUGGAGCCUUACCAUAGCAGACAAGCGUGUGGAGAAAUGGCCGAUGAUGUCAUCUCCUCUGCCCACUCUGGGGAUCAGUGUUUUGUACCUGCUCUUCCUUUGGGCCGGACCUCUUUACAUGCAGAACCGCGAGCCUUUCCAGCUCAGGAAAACACUCAUCGUGUACAACUUCAGCAUGGUGCUGCUUAACUUCUACAUCUGCAAAGAGCUGCUCCUGGGCUCCAGAGCAGCCGGAUACAGCUACCUCUGCCAGCCUGUCAACUACUCCAAUGAUGUUAAUGAAGUCAGGAUAGCGUCAGCUCUGUGGUGGUAUUACAUCUCGAAGGGAGUGGAGUUCCUGGACACGGUUUUCUUCAUCAUGAGGAAGAAGUUUAAUCAGGUCAGCUUCCUGCACGUCUAUCACCACUGCACAAUGUUCAUCCUGUGGUGGAUCGGCAUCAAGUGGGUUCCUGGUGGACAGUCUUUCUUUGGCGCUACAAUUAACUCAGGCAUUCAUGUGCUGAUGUACGGCUACUACGGCCUGGCAGCGUUUGGCCCCAAGAUCCAGAAGUACCUCUGGUGGAAGAAAUAUCUCACUAUUAUUCAGAUGAUCCAGUUUCACGUCACCAUUGGCCAUGCCGCUCACUCUCUCUACACGGGCUGUCCAUUCCCAGCAUGGAUGCAGUGGGCUCUGAUUGGCUACGCCGUCACAUUCAUCAUCCUGUUCGCCAAUUUUUACUACCAGACCUACCGUCGUCAGCCACGUCUCAAGACAGCCAAAUCCACAGUUAACGGUGCCUCCAUGUCAACCAACGGCACCAGCAAGACAGCCGAGGUCACGGAAAACGGAAAGAAACAGAAGAAAGGAAAAGGAAAGCACGAUUAAAACGAAUCUUGGAUAAACCAUUACAGACUGUUUGGUAAUUGUAAAAACAAACAUGCUGAUUGUAUUUCUGGGACAAUAACCACAUGCAACGUGAUUAUUCCAAGUCAUCGAGCUGCUUGUGACAAUCUUUAUAAUCUAAAAUGUCCCUUAUGGUAUUCCAAAUCAUAAAAGCUAAUUACUUGGAGAUGUUUAGUUAUCAUCUUUGUUGGACUUUUCUACAGAAUUAUAGUUACAUAUGCUUUUUUCCACAAACUUAGCUUCAUUUAUUUUAAUGUUACGCUUAUUGUAAGAUUGCUACAUAAAUGGCUAGUCUGGAUGUGUUUCCACUGGUCUCAGCGGCAGUCAGAAUUCUCGACACGUUUGGAUCCUGAAACAACAAACGAUGUUCCUUUUUGAGUUAUUCGAGAUACGAAACCAUUUCGCUUAUUCCAUUUUCUAAUUUUAUUUUUGUUAAAACCAUUAUUAGUAUUAUUGUUUGUCUGAUCCUUCAUUUGUAGCGAAACAGUAGUGUUUAAAAAGCUCUGGUGACUAUUAGCACGAAUAGGCAACUUUUAAAGUGGGAAUCCAAUUCUACCAAAGAAAGUCUAAUGUACAUUUGGUGGCUUUAUAGGUCAUGUUUAUAUUCAUUUCUUGUAUCAAACGCAUUCCUAAAUUGCAUGCAGUAAUGAUUGUGUCAUGGCUUCAUACUCAGGUAGUUUCACACACACACACACACACUUGUAUAUAUGAUUUACGAGGACUUCAUAAAGGCGUAAUGAACUUUAUACUAUUAAAAACUACAUACUGUAUGGCCUUACCCUACCCCUGAACCCCACCCUCACAGGAAACAUGUGAGAAAAUGAAUGCUUGAAUGUCAAAAGGCCCUGUUAAAUAUUACAUUUAAGCGUUUUGAAUUAUGAGGACAAUGUAUGUCCUCGUAAACCAAAUUAAUAGAGUACAACUAGGUCAUACCCAUGUCAUUAUACAAUUUGUGUCCUCGUAAUACACAUAAACAAGUACACACACACACACACACACACACACUCACACACGUCCUAAAUGUCUAUCCGGGUAUUGCUUUGUGAAUGUAGCUUUUCGUUCCCCGUUAUGAAAAGUUUCCUGUGAUUAUGAAAUCACAGGACAGAUGAUAGACAGCUCUCAAAACCUGUUUGAAAACUGCUGUAUAUUUUCUGUAUGAAUACUGUUAAAUUCACAUGGGAAAUACGCAGCAUGUUCUAGUGAUCUGCAACGUCAGUGUUCCUCUUAAUAAAUAUUUAUACCAACUGAUA